AUGUCCGAUUCAAUUACUAUUAAUAUCAAAUCAUCCGGAGAUCUGAAAUAUGAAGUGACAAUUUCUCCAUCCCAAACAGUUUUGGAAUUGAAGAAUGAAGUUGCCGCCAAAGCAGAUGUUCCAGCCGAUAGACAAAGGUUGAUUUAUUCCGGUAAAGUAUUAAAAGAUAACGAAGUUAUCUCCACUUAUAAAAUUCAAUCAGGACAUACUGUUCAUUUAGUGAAAUCUGCUGCCGCAAAGCCAGCACCUGCAACCAGUUCCACCACCAGUACAUCUACUCCAUCUGCCACUACUACCACUUCAGGUAAUAAUGGUGUUCCAUCCAAUAUUUCUUCGGGAUCAGGUGCUUUCAAUCCUUUAGCUGACUUGACCGGUGCAAGAUAUGCUGGAUAUACUCAAUUACCAUCAGCAUCAAUGUUUGGACCUGAUGGAGGUAUGAACAAUGCUAUGCCAGAUCCUGAACAAAUGUCUCAAAUGAUGUCAAAUCCUAUGUUUCAAGAAAGUAUGAAUUCUUUAUUAUCUAAUCCCCAAAUGUUAGAUUACAUGAUCCAGCAGUCACCUCAAUUAAGAGCUAUGGGACCUCAAGCCAGAGAAAUGUUACAAAGUCCUUUUUUCAGACAAAUGUUAUCCAAUCCUGAUAUGAUGAGAUCAAUGAUGCAAAUGAGUGGUGGUUUAGGUGGUGCUGGAGCUCCUCCAUCAUUCCCUGCUCCAGGAUCCAAUCCAACCGUAGGAGAAAAUGACUCUACCACGGAAGGAACCAACACUCCAGCUGCCAAUCCUUUUGCUUCAAUGUUUGGUGGUCAAGGUGCUGGUGGUGCCGGUGGUUUCCCACCAAUCGACCCAUUUGCAUUAUUUGGUGGUCAAGGUGGUAAUACUCCAGUUGAAACUGAUAACCGUCCUCCAGAAGAAAGAUACGAAAGUCAAUUAAGUCAAUUAAAUGAUAUGGGCUUUUUUGAUUUCGAUAGAAACGUUGCAGCCUUAAGAAGAAGUGGUGGUAAUGUCCAAGGAGCUGUAGAAUACCUUUUAUCCGAAUAA